AUGGAUUUUAAAAUUGAACACACUUGGGAUGGUUUUCCAGUGACGCAUGAGCCAGUAUUUGUCAGGCUGAAUCCAGGUGACAGAGGAGUGAUGAUGGAAGUCAGUGCUCCAUUUUUCAGUGAUCCUCCAGCCCCACUAGGAGAGCCAGGAAAACCUUUCAAUCAAUUGUGGGAUUAUGAAGUUGUGGAAGCAUUUUUCUUGAUUGACAUAACUGAACAGUAUUUAGAAGUUGAACUUUGUCCCCAUGGACAGCAUUUGGUGCUUUUACUCUCUGGAAGAAGAAAUGUGUGGAAACAAGGACUUGAUCUGUCAUUCAAAGUGUCCCGAGGAGAAACAAAAUGGCAAGGCAGUGCUUAUAUUCCUUGGAGUUAUUUUCCACCAAAUGUAACAAAAUUCAAUUCAUUUGCAAUUCAUGGAUCAAAAGAUAAAAGAAACUAUGAAGCUCUUUACCCUGUACCUCAACAUAAGCUGCAGCAAGGACAAAAACCUGAUUUCCAUCGUCUGGAAUACUUCAAGCCUUUCAGUUUUAACACACUGCUUGGAGAAAAGUGGAACCAACCAGAAUCAGACCUGUGGCUAAUAGAGAAACCUGAUUUGUAG